AUGAAGAAGUUUCUAUGUGAGUACAAAGUUCUACGGAGUUGCAAAACCAAUGAAAAUUCGAACGAAUAUCAGGAACGCGUAACGGUCACUAGUCAAAUAAGUUCCGGGGACUCAGAAAUCCAAGCCCAGGAUCAAGUAGGAACAAUACGUACAGAACAGUACAAACGUGACCUAGCCGAGUUCCAAGCGAGGCGAUCCUCUGGGAACGCGGAGCUCCUAGAAACUCCGAGAAGUAAAUGCGGCCGACAUUCCCUCCCAGUGUCUUGCACACGCUGCACUGGAGAUCCAGACUCCAUUUACGAAAAGAAGUCAGCCGCCAAAUGUAAGAAGAAGAAUAAAAAAUCUGCACCGUACUCCGAUGGGAAAGAUUACAAGGGCGUCCCGAAUAUACAGUUCCUGUUCCAAAAUCAAGUUUUAAUGCCUGGUGAAUUGUUUGCCAGGACAUCUUAUUCUGAACCCAGGAGGUCGACUCGACGCUAUCGCUCCCCAGAGUUCUUGAAGCAGCGUCAUAUAAUAUUUGAUGAUGAGCAGCCGAUAUCGCCGCCGCUGUUCUACAAAAAUAAUGCUUUACCCUUCGACGCUCAUGAUUUUCUUCGGUCGAAGGGCAAUGAAGAAGUGGACGGGGUCAGUGAACCCGUGCAACAAGAUAAAAACGAGACCGAUGACAAGCUUUGGGAAGUGAUGAGCGAGCUGAAAGAUCUGGAUCAAUGGGCAGAUGAACAGCUUCAAAAUAAUACGACCAGCACGAGUAGGACAGACGAUACGGGGAGUGACGCCAGUGCAUUGGGAUUGCCACUAGCCAGUUCGUGCAACUUGAAUAUGGGUUUCGAUAAGGACAAUACUUGGACUCAGGGAAAGUGGGGAGUAGUGCCAGUGCAAAUUAAGAAACUGUCAGGUGUCACUUUGGAAAAAGUGGAGAGGAAGCUUGUGGUGGAAAUAAAUAUACUCAGGAAGUGUCGCCAUCCAAACGUCAUUCUCUUAAUGGGCCUGUACCCGGGCGUGCAUGACGAGGUCUACAUUGUGUGCGAAAGAUUUAUAGAUUCGCUCUAUGGUAUUAUCCACGAACAGGGUCGAACUCUCAGCGCUCAAACGUCCGUGCACUAUGCUGUAGACAUCGUAAACGCUCUAGCAUUCCUCAAGAUGCACAAAUAUUUACACACUGACCUAAACAGCUCCAGCAUUGUAGUUACUGCACAAGAUACGGCAAAGCUCGCUGACUUGAGUCCUUGUGUGAAAGAACAGAAAAAAUGCAAAAUAGAAAAGAACUACGACGACUAUUCAAAAGAACCUGUCUACGUUAAUAUUGAAGACACACUAAAAUCUAGAACUCCAGAUUCUGAACCUCUACUGUCAGCGCGGUCAUCCGAAAACUGUCUUCAGGACAGUGUAAAAAAACAGUACAAAUCAUACUGCGAUUCUGAGUAUUAUAGGUGGCAGGCUCCAGAAUUAUUUGACCCCGAUGAGGAAGGAUUCGUCCAUCCGUGCUCCAAGAGUGAUGUGUACUCUUUAUGUCUUGUGCUCUGGGAGUGCUGUAAUGCGUCAAUACCAUGGCAAUCUUAUACAUAUGAAAAACUUAAAAAAGCGUAUACGGUAUGGAAUGUGGGUUUUCGUCUACCACAGGAUGGGACAUAUCCCGGUUGUUUACUGUCCCUUCUGCAAAAAGGGUUGUGUGUCCAACGAGAAGAACGUUACGAUCUAACAGCCCUGCAGUCAACAUUACAAAUUGUAGAGGAAAACCUUAACAAAAUGGAGUACAUAGUAAUACCGCAGCGCGUUGGUAUGAAAAAGUCCGACUUCAGUUCCCAAGCGUGGGACUCGAUUACACCUACCGACUCGGACUGCCAUAGCCCGAAGACCAUAGAGCAUAACGCCGUGGUCCAUCCACAUAGCUCAACUGACAGUGGUAGCCCGAUCUACCACACUGUUCGAAAGACCGCCGAGCCAUACGACCGAGUUGAUAAAUGCUUUCUGUCAGAUGAAGACGUGAAAGACAAUAUGGCUAACAAGUAUGAAAGACUAGAAAAGGAUUAUUCAAGUGCUUGUUCCACGCCCAUAUCAAAGUUUCGCGAACGUAAUAAGGAUUUAACACCUGGCACAUUACACCGUAGCGACUCCACUGAAUACUGCAGUAUCUUGAGCCCGGACUCAAAGCAUUUUGCAUUUAACGACUGUAGUUUUAAGGAUCAAAGUGGCGAACCAGUAACUGCUAAACUCAGCCGCAGUUUUACUCCAAAAUCGUAUAAACCUCUUCAAAUCAAAGUCCCAGAUUUUAAAUUAGACUCUAUUCGUGAUAUAGUUAAGAAUCAGAAUAAGGAACGUGGUUCCUAUAACUUUGAUAUCCAGAACUACAGCUUACCGAACACCCCUAUAGCCAGGAGUAACAAAUUAAGGAAAAACGCAUGGCUCUCUGGAGAACUGGAUGUGAAGGAAAAAUCUCUAGACAAAUCCAAUAAUGGUGUGGCCACAGAAAAAACGUCGAAGAGCAACAGCGAAUCACCGGAGUGCGUUCUUUAUCAAAAUCAAACCCAAGAAAAUCAAAUGGAAACGUCCCUAAAUGUAUCUUUAAAUCCAAGUGACAAUAAAAGUUCUGAAGCUUUACACGACGAUUCACAUGCUAGUAAAGAAACUAUUCGCGAUGCCUAUACUGGUUUGAAAAGGAUCCCGGACCCACCGUACGAUUUUUCGUUCUCCGAGAUUGAAGAACCGCGGCGCACGACUUGGUUCACGCAGUCGGCUAUAACUGGCAAUAGCAGAUAUAAGGUGGAAGAUGAGAUCCUGGCCACUGUAAACGUGAAACCACUUGUCGCGAUACAUGAAAAGUGGAUUCAGGAAGCCAAUAAGAAGACUGGUCGAUCACUCUCGUUACCAGAAGACAGUAGAAAGACUGUACGCGCAGUAAAGCCAGCGUCACACUGCACCGACACUCUACAGAAGUCACUGCCGCAGUUGUUCUUCAAGCCCAGUUUGCCGAAACCUAAACGAGCCACUCCUGUGUCGCCGGCUUCUAGUUGGAAAAGUGGUCCCUGGGACCAAUGCUACCAUUCUCGCGAUGCCAUCUCUAAGAGCGUGAAUAUUCCUAUUCGAGGCUUUGACCGGGAAUCGAGACGGGAUAGUGACAAGUCAACAAUAACCGAUGACAACAUGAGCUGUACUCAGAAAAUCGAUCAAGCGACCGACACAAGUAACAUUGAGGACUUCAUACGCGACAUGAUUCGUAAAGAAUUCCAAUUUCUUAGUGACCAUGAGAUGGCCGAGCCGUCCAACAGGAAAACUCAAGAGUUAAUAAAUAAAGGAGUGGCUAAUGUCCUUGAGAGCCUUAAAGAGGACGCAGACAUUAAAUCAGUGAAAUCGUUCUCGAAAGUGAAAAUAAACGGAAAUAAUAAGCCCCUACUACAAAUAACAUUCAGUCGCAAUGGCGAAAAUAGCAUGCAAGUGCUCGACAAUUGCGUUAAUGUUACAAUUGGAGAAAAUAAUGCCAAAGAGAAGCUAAAUAUAUCUAUCGAUGAUACGUUGACAGAAGAAAUUCAUGUGAACGCUCUGAAGAGAUGCCAGGCUUUCAAUGCGAUUCAGGAAGCCAAAAGCACUGAAGAUUUAUAUAUAGAUGACGAUAUUUCUACUCAUAUGCAAGAAAAUUUCGGUGGUAAAGUAAAAUUGAUACCACUACAUGGGUCGUUGCAUGAAAUAUUAUGCGAUAGGGAAGAGGACUGUUGUCUUCUCAAAGUGAAGCAGGAAAAUGGAUGCGAUAGUAUAUACUUUAAGUGCGACACUUCUGACACUGAGUCUAGAGACGCUAUAGAUGGCUCGGACCGAAAGGACACCGUGGUCUUCAAACGGAGCAUAUCUGUCGUCGAAGAGCGUAUACAACGCGUCUUCCCCAAAGACAAGAGACAAACCCCGGUUGCUGCACUCAAAAAACUUAGUGACAAACUGAAAUCUAGACCAAAAUCCGAAGUCUUCGUCCAAAACAUAAACAAAGAUGUCCGAGCGCUUAGCAACAGUAGCCCAUCUCUAUUUUCCGGUGAUAAAGAAGUGGAAGUCAAUAUAGAGAACGUUAUGUCCUACCAGGACUCGUCGUCCGACGAAUGCCUAAAGUGCGCGGCAGAAAAUGAUGAAUUCGAGAUCAUCGAACGGGAAAUUGAAGAAGAACUGUCCAAUACUCAUUUAUCGACCCUCGCCUGUAACUGCCUAGAAAAGAUAUCUGAGGAGAACCUAUCAACUAUUCACGAAGAAGAGAAAUAG